GCCGGGCAGCCAUUUUGGGCAGAGCUUUGUUAUGAUUCGGUCUGGGGAACUCAAGCUACACGCAGAGUAAAGGGGGCUGAGUUAGGGCCUGGUCCCGCGCGUACGGCCUUGGGUGGAGAAGAGGCAACAAGAGUAAUCGAUGUUGAAUUGCCCGUGUCUUUGAGGACGCCGAGGGAUUGUGAACCUCACCUUUGAAGAACUGACAGUUCUUUAAUUUUUUUUCUUCCCUAUGCAAGAACAAGUGUACUUCAUGGAAUUUUGUUGGAAGACCAUCAUUUGGAUGUGAACACUCCUUUAUAAAACAGCCAUCUUUUCCUUUUUAUAAAAAAGCACGAUUUAGAGGGAAUUUGUUUUGCAGAUCCUUUAAUUUUUCCUUUGUUUAACUGAAUGCAUAAAUGGCAACGGUAGAAAGACAGAAAUCAUUGUGAUCUCAGAUCUUCAUCAAGUUGCUUUUGUUUCUCAGCAAGGAAACUUAAGAGUUAGCCAACGUAAAAAGCCUUUCAAAACACACUUAGAACAUUAGCGCAACCUUUUAGCCACUGUAAAGUGGUGGAGAUGAGUCUUGCAUUUUAAGAUUUCUAGGAGCAAGUGUUAAAUCUGUAGCUUCAGCAUUUGGAAGACUUUUCAGGUUCCAGUUGCCCUUUCUCAUUCUUCCCUCUCCCAUUUCAGUCUGAUUUGCUGCAGAAGAUGAACAACAGAGUGGAUUUGUGGAAUUCACCAUUAACUAUGGUGUUUUUCUGAAUGUUGUCCAGAUCUGACAACUACAUUUGUAAUGUAAUAGUUGAGUUACAUAGUAUUGUGUCCACAGCAAUAAGUUUAAUGAGGUGAACGUGGUUGUGGCUUUCAAAAAUGCUCACGACCUUGUAGAUGUAUGUAUAUAUAUAAUUUCUCCUGUGAGUACCAAGAGCUAUUAAAAUGAGCAGCUAAAGGGGGGAGGUGUGCAGUCAGCACGAAGUGCGGCUUCUUGUGCAUCCUUUGGGACUUGGCAUUGCCACAGAGCUGGCAUAGGUACACCCUGGAGAAAGACGGAAUCUGGAGGUCCAAGAGAAGCAUUAAAAGUUACAGGAGUGGACUGCAGAGGCCAAACUAGGUCCUGGCCACGAGGUUUGAUGCCUCGCUUUAUUGAAGGAAGACACUGGACCUAAAUGGCGCAGCAUGACUUUGUUCCUGCCUGGCUUAACUUCUCUACACCACAGUCUGCAAAGGCCUCUGGAUCCACCUUUGAGAAGCACGGAGAACAUCUUCCUCGAGGAGAAGUCCGCUUUGGAGUAAGCCGGAGACGCCACAACUCUUCAGAUGGCUUUUUUAAUAAUGGCCCCCUCAGAACUGCAGGAGACUGCUGGCAUCAGCCUUCUCUGCACCGCCAUGACUCCGUGGAUUCCAGUGUUUCUAAAGGGACCCACAUUGGGCUAGCUAGCAAUCAGUCUGGCUGGCAUGGUUCUUCACGGGGCCAUGAUGGUAUGAGUCAGAGAGGUGGAGGAGGAACUGGAGCCCAUCGCCACUGGAAUGGCAACUUCCACUCCCGAAAGGGUUCAGCCUUUCAGGAAAAGCCACCUGCUGAGGCCAGGGAGGAGAAGGAAGAGAAGGAGAAACUGCAGUUUGAAGAAGAUGACUUUCCUUCACUGAAUCCAGAAGCUGGAAAACAGAACAGCCAGAGUAAACCAGUUGGGACUCCUUCUGGUGUUUGGGAAAACCCUCCUAGUGCCAAGCAACCUACCAAGAUGCUGGUCAUCAAAAAGGUUUCAAAAGAAGAUCCUGCUGCUGCCUUCUCAGCUGCAUUUACGUCACCAGGACCUCAGCUUUCAAAUGGCAACAAGGCAACCACCAUAGUCCCAAGUGUCUACAAAAAUCUGGUUCCUAAACCUGCAGCACCCCCUUCCAAGCCAAGCCAGUGGAAAGCUAACAGAAGUGAACAUAAACCAACCUCACUGUCCUCCAGCCGUGAUUCUGCCUUUACCAGUCCAGUGUCUGUAACCAAACCAGCUGUAUUAGCCAGUGGCUCAGUUCUUGCCUCUUCCAAAGAGAGUCCCUCCAGCACCACCCCUCCCAUUGAAAUAAACUCCUCUCGUUUGACAAAGCUGAUGCGCCGCAGCACAGAUAAGAAGAGUGAGUUCUUGAAAGCCCUGAAGGAUGACAGGAAUGGGGAAAUGCCAGAGCGCCACGAGAACAACAAACUGGAGGAUGUGGAAGGUGGCCACACACCAGAACCAAAGGAAAACUGGGAAGAGAACUGCCAUCAGAAUGGGCUUUCUCUCCCUUUAGAAGAAGGGGAGAACCUUUCUCACUCAUUAGAAGCAGAACACAGGUUAUUGAAAGCAAUGGGAUGGCAGGAAUAUCCUGAAAAUGAUGAGAAUUGCCUUCCCCUCACAGAAGACGAGCUCAGAGAGUUCCAAAUAAAGUCAGAGCAGCUAAGAAGAAAUGGCUUUAGGAAGAAUGGAUUUCUUCAAGGCCGUGGCAGUAGUCAAUUGUUCUCCUACUGGAGAAGCACUUUUAAGACAGAGUUUGAAGAGUCAGACACAGAAACCAGUAGCAGUGAAACUUCAGAUGACGAUGCCUGAAAUGGGCACAGAAAAUUACACAGUACAAAACCAACCCAGCAAACUCAGUUUGUAGUUCAGCACAUAAAUGUUCGAGGUUCUAAUGAAGCAGAGUUUAUUCUGUCUCAAGUCUGUUCAGUUUCUUUUUAUUGUUGAAAACUUCAUGCACAAGGGAAAGAAUUUUAUCCCAAAGAAGAAAGCUAUUGGCUUAUUACUUUUAGAUUUUGCCCUUCUGUGCUUCAUAGAGAACAGUCCAUGCAGAUGGGUGACCCAACGUCUUCUGGGGCAAGGCUCAGGGUUCAGUCUCAUCAGCAGCAGGAUGUCAGGGACUGAAGUGGGCAGUCACAAGCUUCUCAUACUGCCGUCCACAUCGCAAAAUGCUGUGCGGCAAUAAUGUGCUAAAACAAUCAUUGUCAAUGACAAAAUGGCUAUGGAAGUUCUAAUUGUGUUAAAUUAAUGCUAAUAACAUGGAACUUUUUUAUUUUUUUUGGCGGCUCGGGGAGCUUCAUCACUUAACCAGGCGUGGUUGUUGUUUUUUUCUCUUUUGGGGUACAGCUGUAAAAUAUUUGGAUAUAGGAAUUGUUUGUGUUCUUCUUGCAACCUUGAUAUUCAGGGUGGAUUGUAAAAUAUAAAUUUUUGUGGGAUUUCAAAGAUUAAGAUUAUUUUGAUAACAUUAUUUACAGAUUUUAAAAAGUGAUUAUCACAUUGAGUCUGUAUGAGGGGAAA